AUGAAAUACUUAUCCUUUGCUGUGAAGAUCCGUCUUGUCUCUUCGAUUAUUUAUGGGAAAGUAAACUUCAGGAGCUCUGUCUAUACAUUACCAAAGAGUUUCUAUGCAAUAUUGACUCUCUUUGUGCCUCGUUUCUAUGGAGUAAUAAAUCCUUUCCAUCUCGAGGUGCAAGAGUUGCUUGGAAGGAUAUCUGCAUGCCAAAGGAGGGGGGGGGAUCUAGGAAUAAGAUUGUUGGAAGAUUUUCAAGUGGUGUUUCAGCUCAAGCAUGCUUGUAAGUAUUUCACUAAUGCUGACUCUCUGUGGGUGAGGUGGUUAAAAUCGAAUGUUUUCCACUGGAGACCUUUCUGGUUAAUGGAGGAUUCAAACAGGUUGUCAAAACCAGUGCGGAGUAUGUUGGGAGAUACAUGGCCUCAUCAGCUGCGGCUUAGGCUGACUGCAACAGUUGCUGAAGUUAUCAGAAAUGGAUCUUGGAAUCUCCCUUCAGCAAGAUCACAACAAUCUGAACUGCUGCAAAUUGCUCUUACUGAGAUUCAACCUUCAAAUUCAGAGCUCAGAGAAGAUUUGUUUCUCUGGAUCCAGUCAAAUGGCUCCUUUGGUUCUACUUUCUCCUCCAAGACAACAUGGGACUUAGUUAGACACUCAUCUCCACCUCAGCAGUGGCAUAAGGUUAUCUGGUUCAAGGAGCAUAUCCCUAGAAACUCUUUCAUUGCUUGGCUAGCUCUUCUUCGUCGACUGCUAAAACGUGAUCGGUUGAGGCGCUGGGGGAUGAAUCCGACCUGUCGAUCCAUUCACGGUGUCGCUUCAACGGUUGAGCUGCUCCAAGAGGUGACCCUCAACCACAAACGCCGGGAUCUCGAAAUUCUGACUCUCACCAUUGUCUUCGUAGACUCCAUUGACGCAUUGCCGUCACAGAAUGACCUAGAGCACCAAACAAACCUAAAGAUUCAUCCUGUCAAGACCAGAUAA